AUGACGGAAAUUAGAAAUAUAUUAUUAAUAGGCAACGCUGGUAAAGGAAAGUCUACUUUAGCAAACGUUGUAACUGGGACUAAUGAAUUUGAAGAAAAUACGAAUCGCAUUCGUGGAACUAACGAACCAAAAUCCAAAGAAUUUGAAUAUGAAGGAAUAAAUUAUCGUAUCAUUGAUACUGUAGGAAUUGGGGACUCUACCAAGUCAACAGGAGAAAUAUUAAGUAAAUUAGAAGACAAAGCUGAUAUUAUUAGUGAAGGUUUAAAUCAAAUACUAUUUGUAACUAAUGGUCGUUUUACUCAAGAAGAAGUAGAAGCUUUCAAUUUAUUAAGCAAAGCUGUUUUUGAUGAUCAAGUAACUGAUUACACCACCAUUGUCUGUACUAAUUUUCCUAAAUUCGAAGAUGAUGAGGCCUGUGAAAAGGAUCGUAAAACCUUUCGUGAGGCAACUGAGAAACUUUCAAAACAGCUUGCUGAUACUAUGAUUAUUUAUAUUGAUAAUCCUCCAUACGAAGGUCGUUAUCUUUCAAUGGCAAAGGAUUCACGUGAAGAAUCUCGUAAAAUAUUGUUAACACACUUAAAAACUUGUCAAAAAGUUUACCGACCUGAACUACUUGUUAAAUUUAGUAAAAUGAUAGAUGAGUUUAAUUCAAUAAUAAAUGUCUCUAAUGAAGCAGUAAUGAAUAUUGAUUUUCAUCUAAAUUAUAGUAUUAGCUAUUUAAAAGAAUUCAUUUUUCAAAGGGAAGAGAUAAUUGAAAUGAUCGAAAAGCAGAAGGAAAAAGUAAAAGAAGAUAUGAAACAACGAUUCAAUGCCAAUACUUUAGGUCAUGCAGCUAUAUUAGGAGGUAAUGCUUUGGCAAUUUCAGGAAUAUGGUUUCCUCCUACUUUGAUACCAGGUGUUGUUAUGUCGGCUGGUGGUUGGCUGGGUGUCGCUGGUUCUGAUUCUACAGCAAUUAUUAAGGAAAAUGAAGCGUAUCGAUUAUUUGAGGAAUGCCUUGCUAAUGACAAAGAAAAAGGUAAAAUGUUAAGAAACUCUCAAAUAGAGUUAAAGGGUGCUGUUGGAAAAUUCAAUGAAAUUCACUUCCGCUUUGAAGAUUCUGAAUAUGUAGAACAAAAUAUAGAUAGAAAAAAAAUUGGUGUAAUCAAGAAUGUGCUGAAAAAGAUUUUAGGUGAAGAAAUUAAUGCUAGUAUAAAUUUAGAAAAUGAGGAAAAUGUUGAACAUUCUACCGGUCUAAAAGCAGUAAGAGCUACUGUAGAAGCCUUUUGCAAACUUGUACCUUCUCCUUUAUCGUUUUAUUUCAUUUAUCGAGAUCAUCGAGAAAUUGACGGCCGUUCUUCCUUGAGAGAUAUGGAAAAAACAAUUAAUAAAUGGAGGGAUGAAUUAGAAGAUUUAAAAGGAAAAGAAUUGCAGCUAAAUAUAGAAUAUGAAAAAAUUGGUUGGUGUAAAGAAGAAAUAGCAAAAUUACUAUAA